AUGAACGAAGGUCUUACGGCCAAUGCUCUUUCUGCUGUAGCUGGUAAUUAUAGAAUCAGACUGGUGAAUGGUACAAAUGACUGCUCUGGAAGAGUUGAGAUGCUGUAUAAUGGCACAUGGGGGACAGUGUGUGAUGAUGACUGGGACAUGAAUGAUGCUGCUGUGGUGUGCAGACAGCUGGGAUGUGGAACAGCUGUUAGUGCACAUGGCAGUGCUCAUUUUAGCCAGGGUAGUGGUCAGAUCUGGUUGGAUGAUGUGGGAUGUUCAGGAAUACCAGACAUAAGGUUGGUCAGUGGGUCUGAUUCAUGCUGUGGGAGAGUGGAGAUCCGUUAUAAUGGCCAGUGGGGAACCGUGUGUGAUGAUAACUGGGACAUGAAUGAUGCUGCUGUGGUGUGCAGACAGUCACAGUGUGGAUCAGCCAUCAGUGCACCUCAUGGAGCCGCCUUUAGUCAAGGCAGUGGAUCGAUCUGGCAGGAUGAUGUUGAAUGCUCAGGAAGUGAAGGAGCCCUCACACAAUGUUCACACAGUGGACUAGGAAAACAUGACUGUAAACAUUAUGAAGAUGCUGGUGUUGUUUGUUCAGGUGAGCUGCAGAUGCCGACUCUUUCCCUGACCUCCACACAUGCAGCUGUUUCUCCUGGAGAACAUAUCCAGUUCAGUUGCACAAUACCUAAACAAAGAUGCAAUGCUAAUGCUACAUUCCAGCUCUUCAUGAACAGAUCAUCUAUAUCCUCCCAGACACAUGAAUCUAGUGUGACUUUCAACCUUGUUAAUGUAGACGUCUCACAUCAGGGCAGCUACAGCUGUCGUUACUCCUACCAAAACAACACUGUCAAGUCACCUUUGAGCAACACUGUUAUCAUCACUGUGGUGAACUUGCAGCAGCCCAGUAUUUACCACAGUGCUCCUGAUGGAUGGUUUGACGUGGGACCUCAGGGGCCAGUGAUCACCAGGGGCCACAGUUUCACUAUCAUCUGUUCAACUCAAUCUCAGUAUCCUGGAGGAUCUUUUCACCUGUUCAGAGGAUCAAACAUCACCAGGACUGAGUCAGCUGUCAGUCACUCUGCCUCCUUCUUCUUUCCUGAGGCAGAUUAUUCACACGAGGGAAACUACAGCUGUGUUUAUGAAGUCAGUGUCUCCUCACGCUCCUUCCGUUCAUCUGCCUCUGAACUGCUGCUCAUCACUAUCACAGCCUCCCUGCUUCCUGUCAUUGGUGCUGCAGUGUCAGCUGUGCUGCUCUUAUUGUCUGUCCUCAUAAUCAUCCUCCUGCUGAAGAGAAGACAAAAGCAAAGGAACAAGGAAACUUUCUUGAAGUUCUUCUUUAGAAAUUUUUUCAACCUGUGCUCCAAACCCCCAGAGGGCCAUGGAGGUACUGCAGAGGGACUGUAA